AUGGGCUCCUGCCAGGACAAGCACCAGUGCCACGGGCAAGAACAAUCCUCAUAUCAAGCCAGUGGAGGGUGCCACGGGAGCAGCGGAGGAUCCGGAUGCCAUGGGAGCAGCGGUGGGUCCGGAUGCCAUGGGAGUGGAGGAUCCGGAUGCCACGAGAGCAGCAGUGGAUCUGGAUGCCAUGGGAGCAGUGGUGGAUCCUACCAUGGAAACCCACAGGAUUACCAGCAGCAAAUUUAUCAAGCAUCCUCAGAGAUGAAGUGA